AUGCUCAUCAUCCUUGCUCGGUGCUCUUUCCUUCCUGUUUGUGUCCGUCUCCUGCUCUUGGAAUAUUCCCCCAGGGGUGAUUUGUUUUGGGAGGCGAUGGCCACGCAGAGGCAUCCCACUGGUGUCGUUGGCCAGGCUGCUUGCACUGGAAAACUUGAGAAAGCAGGCUGCCAAGUCUUGCGCUGGGCCUGCUGCCAACUCUCUUUCUUGGGGUUCUGGCAUCCUUUUUGUGUGUUGUCGGCGGCAAGAUUUUUGAUACUUGAUCAAGACAUGCAGCUUUGUACGUUCCGUCAGAGACACGUCCGCUCACGGCUUCUGUCCUUGUUGCUUCUCAGUGGGUCGUGUUUUAAAAAUGUGAUUUCACACCCCUGCAUCAGAGAUAAAACUCACACACACACACGUGCAUACUGCAAUCAAACUUAA